AAGAGCGCGUAACUCUGUCUCAUAUUUUGCCGCGAAAUUUUGUUAUACAUGUUAAUCUUCAAAAACAAUAAUUUGUAAUUAUGAGUCUUUGGGUUGACAAACAUCGUCCCACAUCACUUAACAAACUUGAUUACCACAAGGAUCAAGCAUGUCUGUUAAAGAAACUGGUAAGUGGUGGAGAUUUCCCUCAUCUUCUUGUGUAUGGCCCAUCUGGUGCCGGAAAGAAAACUCGAAGCAUGUGCUUGCUACGAGAACUGUACGGGACAGGAGUUGAGAAGUUACGGAUUGAGCAGAGUCACUUCACGACACCUUCCAACAAGAAACUAGAGAUUUCAACCAUUUCUUCCAACUACCACAUAGAAGUGAAUCCCAGUGAUGUUGGUAACAAUGACAGAGUUGUCGUACAAGAACUCAUCAAAACAGUCGCUCAAGUUAAUCAGUUGGACUCUGCUGCCCAGAGAGAUUUUAAAGUGGUUGUCUUGACAGAAGUUGACCAUCUGACAAAAGAUGCACAGCAUGCACUGCGUCGAACGAUGGAAAAGUACAUGUCCACAUGUCGUAUCAUCCUCUGUUGUAACUCGACGAGCAAGGUCAUACCAGCUAUCAAGAGUCGUUGCCUUGGAAUCAGAGUUGCUGCCCCUUCCGUUGAAGAAAUUUGCCAAAUUCUACAAAAUGUAUGUAAGAAAGAAGGAUUGAACCUGCCACAAGAAUUAGCCAAGAAAAUUGCUGAAAGGAGUGGUCGUAACUUACGGAGAGCUCUGCUGACGUGUGAAGCUUGCAAGGUUCAACAGUAUCCAUUCAGCCCAGACCAAGAAGUCUCAGAGCCCGACUGGGAGGUGUACCUGAAAGAAACUGCCAACAUGAUUGUCAGUCAGCAGUCUCCUAAGCGAUUGCUGGAGGUACGAGCAAGGUUGUACGAAUUACUUACUCACUGUAUUCCACCUGACAUCAUUAUAAAGGGUCUGCUUGAAGAACUGUUGUUGAACUGUGACGGACAGCUCAAGAUGGAGGUUGUACAGGCCGCUGCAUACUACGAACACAGACUUCAGCUUGGUCAGAAAGCUAUUUACCACCUGGAGGCCGUUGUUGCUAAGUUCAUGGCCAUUUACAAACGAUUCUUUGAAGAGGGACUUGCAGAGCUGUUCUGAGCAUGUUUCUUAUUUACUUGUCAUUAAAUUAAUAAAACUGUUGGUAUUAACA